AUGGCUGAUUCAGGACAUCGUAAUAUUAGUUUGUUUAAUGGAACGCGAUAUUGCGAGACCAUCAUACGGCGAAGCGAGACCACGAUACGACGAGGCGAGACUACGACACCGCCAAGGGAGACCACCAUACGGCGAAGAGAGACCACCAUACGGCGAAGCGAGACUACGACACCGCCAAGGGAGACCACCAUACGAAGAAGCGAGACCACCAUACGGCGAAGCGAGACUACGACACCGACAAGGGAGACCACCAUACGGCGAAGCGAGACUACGACACCGCCAAGGGAGACCACCACACGGCGAAGCGAGACUACGACACCGCCAAGGGAGACCACCAUACGGCGAAGCGAGACUACGACACCGCCAAGGGAGACCACCAUACGGCGAAGCGAGACUACGACACCGCCAAGGGAGACCACCAUACGAAGAAGCGAGACCACCAUACGGCGAAGCGAGACUACGACACCGCUAAGGGAGACCACCAUACGGCGAAGCGAGACCACCAUACGACGAGGCGAGACUACGACACCGCUAAGUGAGACCACCAUACGGCGAAGCGAAACUACGACACCGCUAAGGGAGACCACCAUACGGCGAAGCGAGACCACCAUACGACGAAGCGAGACAACCAUACGACGAAGCGAAACUACGACACCGCUAAGCGAGACCACCAUACGGCGAAGCGAGACUAUGACACCGAUAAGCGAGACCACCAGACGGCGAAGCGAGACUUCGACACCGCUAAGCGAUACCACGAUAAGACGAAGCGAUACUACCAUACCGUGA